UCGGGGUCACUUUAAAACAGCUCCAACUUCAUUCCAAUAAACGUCAUUUUGACAGAUCCCAAAUUGCAGGUUACCUUUCAGAGUAGUCUCAAAAAGUAGAUUUUUUAAGAAAUGGCUGAUCCAAAAUACGCCGAUUUACCAGGAAUUGCUCAUGAUGAACCGGACGUUUAUGAAACGACCGAUCUUCCGGAAGCAGAUCAAACCUCUGAUUUUUAUGAAGAAGAAAGCGAUGUCGUUGAGAAAAUGAACAUUUCCCCAACUGAAGCGUUUAAUAAAUAUAAAGGCAAAAUUCUGAACUCCAACAAAGUCGAUUUUUCCGAUCGGAUUUUACGAAAUAUGAGUACCGGGUAUUCUUAUGAAUUGGUGGGACAAGGAGAAAAAGAAACCAUUUUACAAAAGUAUCAAAGAUUACAAUGCGAGAUGAGUGAACUCCUUGAAGAAAUCAAUCAAGUAAAGAAUGAAAAAAAAGAAGAUUCUUGCAUUGUUAAUGGAAAACAAAUUGAGUUAAAUUUAAAAAAAUUGAAAGAUUUAAAACUUGAACAAAGUCUUGGAGCUGAUAUAACAUCAAGUAUUAUGGAUCCUCAAGGAGAUCAAAUAAAAAAACUCUUUGCCCAACUCGACCAAUUUAAAAAUCAACCUUCAAUAAAACAAGAACCUGGAGAAAUUGGUGAUGGAAUAACAUUUCAACUUCAGUAUCGCCCCGAACAAGCUCAAUUAAUGCAAACAAAUCGUUUAGCAGACUUAGAGAGGCGUUUGCACAGAUUAGAAACUGUUUUAGGAAGCGAUAGUGAGAAAUUAUCAAGAUUAUCUACAUUAACAUCAAAGGGGACCCUUUAUGAGACGGCACAACAUUUAUGUGCAACAGCAAGUAUGUUGGAUUCUUCUCAAUUAGAUCAUAUUGAAGGUAGGUUAACUGCAUUGGCACAAAAAUUAGAUAAUAUUGCUGAGAAGAAAAAGGAAAUUGUUCCUGACCCAGAAGGGGAUAAAAAGAUAUUAGAAAUUUAUGAUUUGGUUAAAGAUCAUGAAAAAAUCAGCCAAAUUCUUCCUCAAACUGUCGAACGUUUAAAAGCAUUAGAAGGAAUUCAUAAAAAAGCUGUUGAUUUUAAUAAAUCUUUGGUUCACGUUGAAAAACUUCAAGCUGAAACCAGCAGCAACAUCGAAGAUAAUAAGAAUCUCUUGAAAGGGGUUCAAGAAAGUUUUGCUUUUAACUUAAGCGAGAUAAAUAAGAAUCUUCUUACUUUAGAUGGAAGAAUAAAGGCAAUUAAAAAAUAAAGUUAUCUACUCAAUAU